GGCAGUGUAAAGUGUCUAGGCAGAGCAGACACAUUCUCCUUCUCACACAUCGAAGCCGGAGCCAGAGCCAGGACCUAGACCUGCUGGGCAACACCAAAAACUGCAAUUUGCCAGCAAUAGAAACACAAUUAUGGCAAAUUCAAACAAAGCUACGUCAAAGUUCAUUAACAACAAUAAUAGAGCGAACGGCAAGAGCGGCAACAGCAACAACGGCGACUGCAACAUCAGGGCCAACAAAAUGUAAACGGCCAAGUGGGUGGAACUGAAAAGGGCCCACUCAGCUUGGCAGUGGGCAACAUCGGGUGGCAGCUAGCAACAACUACAAUUGAAUUGCAAGAAUCGACGACAAGAGCAAUCACAACGGCAACGGCAGCAACAUCGAGAAACCAAGCAAACAAAAAUACGCAACAUAAAUGAAGUUAACAAUCUGUCAAAUUGCUAAAUUAUUUCUGCUGCUGACAGCCUUCUUCUUUCUCAAUUCCCCCAGAGCCGCCUCCCUAGCCUUCAGAUCUUAUCCCUCCUCCAGCUCCUUCGUCGCAACCUCCGUUGCCACUUCCUCCUUUGGCUUGUCCAGCUCCUCGGCGGUGAGUGUCCUUGUGCUGAAAGCGCCCAAGACAGCGACAGAUUUUGCUGCAACAUCAGUUGCGGCCACGCGGACAUCCGCAGCAACGACAGCAGCAACAACAGCGCCCAGCAGCAAUUCAAUUUGGCCAACAGCAACACAAGCAAACAGCCCACGUAAUGCGCGUGAAGCUGAACGUCAGAAACGUCAAAAGCAACAGCCCGCAACACAACAGCAGCAGAAGCAGCAGCAGCAACUGCAACAUCAGCGCCCCCAGCAGCAACAGCAACACCAGCAAUUGCAGCUGCAGCAGCAGCAACAGGGACAGCGCCGUCAGAAGCGACAGGAACAUCUGAGGCUGGGCGUUUUAAUACCCCCUACGCUGCACACGGAUAUGAUGCAUGUGCAACAGGGCUUUCACAAUUUCCUCGACUUUUUCCAACUGCAUUUGUCUAAUGCCAGCGUGGAUUUUCUACGUGACGUGGAUUUAAGUGGCUUCAUUAAAUUACUCGAGCUGCCCAAAUACACGAGCGUUGUAAAGACUUUAAAUGCGGGCAUUAAUGUAGACACCGACGUGGACGUGGACGUGAACAAGGGCUCGAAUGGCCGUGGGACUGGGAGUCCCAAUGCGAAUGUGAACGUUGACCCGCCCAGGCAGCCGCGUCAGCAUUUGCAACAGGAGCAGCAGCAGAAGCAGAAGCAGGAGCAACAUCAUCAUCGUCAGCAGGAGAUCAGGACGAAACCGUUGUCAGCGGGCGAGGAGGCCCUAUCCAAUCGGUGGAGCGACGCCCGCAGCUUCUUGGGUCACUGUCAUCAGCUGGCCGAGCAACUGGCACACGAUUAUAAUAAGACCGUCGUCCUCUGGCCGUGCCCGCGAAUGAAAAUCUCCAGCAAUUUUCUGCCAUCAUUCGAGGCAAUUUCCCUGGCCGUGCAGAGUAUUUCCGCCAAGCUGAACUGGUCGCAAGUUGAUAUCUAUGUCGGCGACGACAAUUGGGGCCUAGGACUGGCCAUAGCGGCCAACUUGCAUGUGCCGUAUCGCAUCGAAAUUGGCAGCACAAUACGUGACCUGCAUGGGCAGGAUAAGCCGGGUAAAGCAAUUAUCAUCACGGCCCCGCUGAACGAUGCAAGCAAUCUACGCCUCCUCUCCAGCAUCGGACCCGAGUGGGCGCGACAGGAGCGAGAGCAGGAGCAGGAGGAGGUGGAGGCCUCGGGGCGUUGGAGGCAGCACACCAAAAUACUCCUCAUCGACAUGGUGGCCAGCUCAUUGGAUGUCGAGCAUCGGUUCUACAAAUAUUUGACACGCAUUGGGCGGACGGAGAGGCAGGGGCAGAGGGAGGGGCACUCCGACCGGAAUACCAGCUCCCAGUCGGCAAUGGUGAGCAGCAAUCUGUUGGUGCUGACUCUGCUAAGCGACAGACAUCGACACUUUCUGAAUGCGGCCGGUUUGAUGGCAACAAUGCAGAAUUUUCGCACGCCCAAUGGAGGCGGGGAGAACGGGAGCCACGCGGAACCAUUGGCCACUGGCCGUCACAAUGCCAGUCUGGACAAGCUGUAUCCGUACCGCAACCUCGUCCCCCUGUAUGACCUGGUUGUGACUACGGCAACGCAAUCGGAUCGAGUGGAAGAAAUUCCCAAAUAUGAUUUCGUUGUGCUGGACAUCGUUAGGGAUGUCCCGCUGGCCACCUACAAGUGGCGACCCCUGCUCAUCCUGGAGAGCGACAGGCGGGGUUGGGAGAAUGGGUCGGCGGCCGGUGGAGGCACCGGCUCAUACAUAACCCACUCCGUGCAGCCUGGGUACGAUGAGUGGCUGCUGGUCAGCAGUGUCCAGUUAUGGCAGUGCGGCGCCAUCUGCUGGACCAUAGUGGCCAUUUGCGUGGGCCUGCUGGUCAUCAUCGUGGUGGCCAGUGUGGCAGCCGGGAUUGCCAUGAGAAACUAUUUCCUGCGAAAGCGGCUGUCCAAGGGACCCAACAAGAUAGUGCUCUCCGCGAGUGACUUUGUGUUCCCCGUGGAUUCUCGAAGGGUUGACGAGGGCAUCGAGGCCAUGCUCUGCUGUUGGCUGCAACAGCUGCAGGAGUUCGGUGGCCCGGAGGUGGAUAAGCCGGAUCUGCUCAAGGGCUCUAUUGGCUCCCUAAAGAAUCUUGGUUUCGUGAUACCUGGAGCAGCUGCUCCGGGUAAUUCUGGAGGAACCACCGCAGCCACUGUGAAUGGAAAGAGUAUAUCCUCCGCCACGGGCAGCUUGGCCAGGCACAAUCCCGCCCAUCUGGACAUGAGGGCGAGAUACAAUGGCGACCUGGUGCAACUCAAGGAAGUGCAUAUGAAUGGAUCCGCAGAGCUGCGAGCCAAGGCGAUGGAUCUCCUUGUGAUGGCCCAUGGUUUGAGGCACGAAAAUAUCAAUCCACUAAUAGGAUGGCUCUCAGAUCCCAACCGGACUGCCAUGGUCUUUGACUACUGCUCGCGGGGAUCCCUGCAGGACGUGUUGAUCAUGGAUGAAAUCAAGCUGGACUGGUCAUUCCGACUGAGCUUACUCACGGACCUGGUGAGGGGCAUGCGGUACCUGCACACCUCUCCCUUGAGGGUUCACGGAGCACUGACCUCUAGGAACUGCGUGGUGGACGCCCGGUGGGUACUCAAGAUCACCGACUAUGGUCUGAGCUCCUUCUACGAGUCCCAGGGGCUGCCACCCAUGCCCAGGAGCGCCAAGGAACUGCUGUGGACUGCUCCGGAGCUGCUGCGCAGCAUGAAGCACCACCAGCAGCAGCACCAUCAUCACCAUCAACAUGGACGCAUCCAGUUGGGCACCCAACUCGGAGACGUCUACUCCUUUGGGAUCAUCAUGCAGGAGGUGGUGGUGAGGGGCGAACCCUACUGCAUGCUCUCCCUCUCGCCGGAGGAUAUUAUAGCCAAGAUCAAGAAGCCACCGCCACUGAUACGGCCCUCUGUGUCCAAGGGAGCCGCUCCGCCGGAGGCCAUCAAUAUCAUGCGCCAGUGCUGGGCCGAGCAGCCUGACAUGCGACCCGAUUUUAACUCAGUUUAUGAACGCUUCAAGAUGCUGAACCACGGCCGCAAAGUGAACUUUGUAGACACCAUGUUCCAAAUGCUCGAGAAGUACUCAAACAAUCUGGAGGAACUGAUUCGGGAGCGCACCGAACAACUGGACAUUGAACGAAAGAAGACUGAACAGCUGCUGAAUCGCAUGCUGCCAAGCUCGGUGGCUGAGAAACUAAAAAUGGGCUUGGCCGUCGACCCGGAGGAGUUCUCCGACGUGACUAUAUACUUUAGCGACAUUGUUGGUUUUACAACAAUCGCUGCCCACUGCAGUCCCGUGCAGGUUGUGGAUUUGCUCAACGAUCUCUACACGAUUUUCGAUGCCACGAUCAAUGCCUACAAUGUGUACAAGGUGGAGACCAUUGGCGAUGCCUACAUGGUCGUAAGUGGGCUGCCCGUGAAGAUACCCGAUCACGCCGAGCAGAUCGCCACCAUGGCCCUGGACCUGCUCCACCAGAGUGGUCGCUUCAAUGUGAAACAUCUGCCAGGUGUUCCUCUACAGCUAAGGAUAGGACUUCACACAGGUCCCUGCUGUGCAGGAGUAGUUGGUCUCACGAUGCCGCGAUACUGUCUGUUCGGGGACACUGUGAACACAGCAUCGCGAAUGGAGUCUACGGGUUCCUCUUGGCGCAUACACAUGUCUCAGGAGACAAGGGACCGACUGGAGGCCCGAGGUGGCUAUGCCAUCGAGCCAAGGGGCCUCAUCGACAUCAAGGGCAAGGGCAUGAUGAACACCUUUUGGUUGCUGGGCAAGAAGGGAUUCGAUAAGCCGUUGCCAGCACCACCGCCGAUCGGAGAGUCACAUGGCUUGGAUGAGUCCCUCAUCCGGAACUCGAUCACCCUCAAGGCACAGGCCAACAAAUCCCGGACGAGCACGAACCCGUCUUCGUCCCAAAGCUCCUCGCUGGCCGGAGAGUCCGUGGAGGUAAAGGUGGAGAUUACUCCGCCGACGAACGCUGAUCUGGGCUCUGGGGCAAAUCUGCCCAACUCGUACUCCCUGGACUCCAACUCCACCAACACCAUCAGCCCCAACGCAACGCUGUGCCCGGAGUUCCCGGGCAAGACAACGCCGAGCAGUACAAGUCCCCAGUCCCGCAAGCUCUCCGAACUUACGCCGGAUAAUCUGCUGAACCCAAACAGCUUCAACCGGCUGCCAAACUCCACAGGAGGAUCCAGUUCCAGGCUGUACAAGAAAAUUGAGGAGAUGAUGGACCUCAGUUCUCCGUACAACCACUACAAAUGCCUCAGUCCCAGUGAAAGCAACCUCACGCAGUUUUACGACGGCAAAUACCUCUACGGAAAUUCGGGGGGCGGGGCAGGAAGCGGACAUUGCAGCGGACAGGGCAGCGGCGGCGUCUGCCCCGCGAUGGCCGGAACCGGAAGCGGCAGCGGUAGCGUUGGAGGCGCUGCCCGCUUCGACAGCAAGCCCGGCUCCAGUCGCCUGCUGCGUCGCCAGUUCAGCUUGGAUCGCGACGACCAGCAGGCGAAGGGAGAGCAGCAGCACCACCAGCACUCCCUGCAGGCCACCAACUACUCUUCCCUGGUGGCUAGUUCUGGUGCUGCUGCUGGCGGCGGAGGGACUGGGGUCAAGUGCUCCAUGCUGGACAUACCGCUCCUGCACGACACCUCCCGCAGUCCCAAGGGAACGCUGACCCGAGCCCAUAAGCAAAACUCGGCCUCGAUCACCCAGGAUCUGGAGAAGAUCGAGGAGAUCCCGCUAUCGCCGGCCUCCUCACAACACCAUAGUAGCCUGGACAGCAACCUUAACCGCAGUCCGCCCUCGACGCUGGAGGCUCAGUCGCCGCCGCUGCCCUCGCUGCCGCCCUUGAGUCCUCCCCAGCUGUCUGCCCCCACAUCACCGGCGCCCUCUCGAACCCUGAACGGGAUGUACGCCCACAGUGCCAAUAGCAGCCACACCAACCCCAAUUCCAAUUCAAACUCCAACGGAGUGGCGCCCAACAACAAUAACGGGAGCCGAUCCGGCCAGGAGCUGACCCUGAAUGUGGAGCAGUUGCUAAGCAGAUAGGGCACAAUCUAAGACCCCCAAAAAAAGGGCGGCCGAACAAAGCUUUAGGUCUCAUCCGAACCCAGUUUGAGUGUGUGAGCGAGUGAGUGUGCAAGUCGGAGUGAGUGUAAAAUGGUGGCAAUUACAAAAAGAUUAUGAGUAAACUUUUAGUUAUACAUAUAUUAAUAUU